CGUGUGUGUCGAGAGUGCAAGAUCGGGAAUGGUGGUGAUGGGGCGAUAGGUUUGAAAGGAAAUGCUGCUUUCGGGGGGAAAUGUCUAACAUAAACCCUGCACCGACGCCAGAGAGAGCAAUUUACGGUUUUGUUCUUUACCUCUGCUCAAUUUUCAUAUUUGUUUUGUACGUUAUUUGGGUGUUUGUUCCUGAGUCAUGGCUUCACAGCAUUGGACUCACUUACUGGCCUCAAAAGUAUUGGGCAGUUGCUAUUCCAGUGUACCUGAGCGUCUGUUUUGUCUUCGCUCAAGUUUUCUUUUUUUCUUUUAAUCUUUGGAACGCACCUCCACUUGAUACCAUUAAAACAUUUAAAGAUCCCCAUAUGAGGCCUGCUUGUCCCAUGGACUCGAUGCCUGCUGGCGAUGAAAUUCCAAUUAAUGAAAUAAACAGACAUAUCUAUCUGGAUAGGUGACAUCAUCAAGCAUUUGUCACAAUUUUUUAAAUCUUAAUGAUGAUAUUUCUGCAAGUUUAUAUUUUUGAUAAUCUUGCAUGUAGUAUUGGUUGGAUAAUAGGCCAUGUUGAGCCGGACUAGUUAAGUGUUGUGUAAUGGUCCAAGCACUUUAGUGCAUUGGACUUGAAGUCAUCAGGGUGUGGGUUCGAAUCCCGGUCAUGACACUUGUGCCCUUGAGCCCAAGACACUUGUGCCCUUGAGCCCAAGACACUUGUGCCCUUGAGCCCAUGACACUUGUGCCCUUGAGCCCAAGACACCUGUGCCCUUGAGCCCAUGACACUUGUGCCCUUGAGCCCAAGACACCUGUGCCCUUGAGCCCAAGACACUUGUGCCCUUGAGCCCAUGACACUUGUGCCCUUGAGCCCAAGACACCUGUGCCCUUGAGCCCAAGACACUUGUGCCCUUGAGCCCAAGACACUUGUGCCCUUGAGCCCAAGACACUUGUGCC